AUGCCAUCAAUCGCUGGAAAAUAUCAACAUUACAAAAAUGAGGACAUUGAAGAAUAUUUUACAGCAGUUGGAGUUCCAUACAUAGGACGAAAAAUGAUGUCAAUGUCUUCACCAUUAAUGGAAAUAUCUGUGGAUGGAGACUAUAUUACUAUUAAGACUUCAUCUGUGAUGAGAACAAAUGAAACGAAAUUUAAAAUAGGUGAAGAAUAUGACGAGCAAAUGCCAAGCACUGUGAUCAAAAGUAAGACAAAACUUAUAAAUGACAAUGAACUUAUGACAGAGUCUGUAAUACCUGAAACUGGAGAUAAAUGUGGGCGACACUACUUAUUCACCGAUGAAGAAUGUAUUAUUACACUCACUCAUGAUAAGGCUAAGAAACCAGGCAAGAGAUAUUUCCGAAGGGUGAAUCCUUAA